ACCUCCUGCUUAGUACUAUAUAUUAUAUAUACUCUAUAUACUAUAUUUUUAUUUAUUUCAUUUUCAGCCUGUUAUGUGUGUGUUUUGAGGAGUGUCAUAUUAAUAAAGAUCUGUUCUGGCUAGGUACCUUGGCUCUCAAUUCUUGGGACACGGAAAAGCUGUCGACCUGUUUUAUCACAUCAAAGAAUGUGUUGCAAAACUGAAUAUGAGGCAGCUUCUCUCCAUCAAUAUGGACGGCCCAAAUGUCAACUUGAAGCUUGCAGACCUCCUCCAGACUGAGCAUGCUGAGCUGUAUGGUGCUCAUCUGGUUAAUGUUGGAAGCUGUGGGCUUCACACCCUCCACAAUGCACUGAAGGCAGGCUUUACCAUGUGGCAGAUGGACAAGCUCCUUCGAGCACUCCACUACCUCUUUCAUAAUGUUCCAGCUAGGAGGGAAGAUUUUACUGUUUUGACUGGGUCCACCUCCUUUCCGCUACCAUUCUGUGGCCACAGGUGGAUUGAAAAUGUCCCCGUGGCAGAGAGGGCAGUUCAAGUGUGGCCAAUGGUCAUGAUGUACGUAGAUACUGUUAAGCAGAAGCUUCCAAACCCCAGUACUGCCUCUUACGACACCAUUGAGGCAGCACAAGCGGAUCCCCUCAUGAUUGCCAAGCUCCAGUUCUUCCUGGCAAUAUCCAGGACCUUUAGCCUCUUCCUGACCAACUAUCAAACUGAUGAGCCAGUUCUGCCCUUCUUUGCCAAAGAUUUGAGUGAGCUGCUAAAGAGUCUCCUGCGGCGGUUUGUAAAGCAAGAGCUCCUGCAAGAUGCCACUUCCCUGAGGGUGACCAAAAUUGACGUUGCUGAUGAAGUGAAUAGGGUAUCCUACAAGAAUGUUGACAUAGGACUGGGUGCUGAAUCUGCCAUCAAGGUGAUGUAAUCAUACAACAGUUCCAGAGCUUUCUCUCUCUUGAGGCGAGAGAUGAGAGAUUCUCCUCCUUCCAGCCACUGAAGGAGCGACUUGGGGCAGUGGUGGCUCAGUGGUUGAGGCUCAGGGUUACUGACCAGAAGGUCGGGGGUUCAAGCCCCAGCACCACCAAGAUGCCACUGUUGGGCCCUUGAGCAAGGCACUUAACUCCAGGUUGCUCUGGGGGAUUGUCCCUGUAAUAAGUGCACUGUAAGUCGCUUUGGAUAAAAGCGUCUGCCAAAUGCAUAAAUGUAAAUGUAAAUGUCUUCCUGCAUUCAGCCCUCAGCAAGUCUUAUCCAGAGCUAUAUAAGUUUUCUCAGAGCCUUCUACUUUUGUCCCACGGACAAGCCAUGGUGGAAAGAGGGUUUUCCAUCAACAAGGAGGUUGAAACAUGCAACAUCCUUGAAAAGUCGAUGGAAGCUUUGAGGCUGAUAUGUGACAAGAUCAGUGUCUGUGGGGGUGUAUUGAAGGUACCUCUCACAAAGGAGCUCAUGGCUUCAGUAGCCUGUGCAAGGUCAAGGUACAGGAGUUACCUGGAAGAUGAACGGAAGAAGAAACAGAGUUCCACACAGGACCUCAAACGAAAAGCAGUGCAAGAGGAGAUAGAAGACCUGAAAAGGAAACGAACGGUUCUGACAGAGGUGUGCGACUCCUUCCAAACAGAUGCUGAUAAGUUAGCCGAGCAGGCAGAGGGGAAAUCUGGGACAUUAAUGGCACAACUGAUCACGAAGUCCAACAUCCUCAGAAGACGUAGUAAAGAAAAACGGAACGAAUUGGUCCAAACUGAGAAGCUGCUGGGAACAAAAUCAGAAGAACUGAGGCACAUGUCAGCAUGAUUGUUGUUGAGGGUGGAG